AUGGGUUCGGCAAUAUCUAAAAAUAAAGCAGUUGUUUUAGCUUCAUUAGGAAUAGUUGGUUUUGGGUAAGUGUUUAUUGAAUAUAUCGAAGAGCAUAUUAUAUGCAAAAAGACUCAAAAUAGAAACUAAGUCUAGAGAAGCUAUUAUCGAAGCAUGAUUUAGAUUAAUACUUGGAAACAAAUGAUCGAUCUAUAGAUUAAAAAAUUGAUGUGAGCUAUGAUAUCGAAAUUAAAUACAGUGAAGAUCAUUGUCUAGAAGCAAGUUGCAUUGUUGAUAUAUACGCCAAAUAGUUAGAGAUGGCAGGAGAUGAUUUUGUUAAAUUAAGCAAACAGAAUCGUGUCCAGAGAAGAAGGUUACGAAAGUCAAAUUUAUAGAUUUAUGUUGAUAGCAUUGUCUAAUUCAUCAUUGAUGUUGAAGAUGUCUUAGAUUAAGCAUUAAAAAGACUUCUAUAUUAGCUAGAUGUGCCCAAAGAAAUAUUUGAAGAGAGUGUACUGGUAAGAAUGGAUCAGGGAUAUUUUCAAUAAUUGUAUAUGUUAUAAGCCAGUGUCAAGCAAAAGAUCAAAGAGAAAAUUGAAUCAACCAAGAAAUUGAAUUUAAAAUAAAUGAAGGACAUUAUUCAAUUUAAUGUACACAUUCUCAAAAACUUUCCAUAAGAAUUUCAUGUCAUUUUGCAUCGAAUUGUAUUUUCUAUAUAAUAUAUCCAUUAGCCGUCAGAAAAUGUGAUGCUGGUUCCCACAAUCAUAAACAUUAUUGUAUAAGAUAUAAUAUAUGCUAAAUUUGGAGUAGAAGAAGAAGACCAAAUUACUAGUCUCAAGAAUAUGUAAGGAGAUUAAGAAAUUCACAAUCUUCUCAACAAAGUAGAAAUAGAAAUGAGUGGACUUUUAAAAGAAUAAGGAAUUAGAUUAAAUGAUAUUCCUGAAAGUUUAGAAAACUUUAUUUGA